AUGGAGCAAACGGACAUGAUUCAAAACGGCACCGUGAGUCGUUCAAAUGCAACCAUGUACGAGUACGAUGAGUAUGGUAACGUGGUAUUACAAUCGUCAUGGGAAACACAAGUCGGUCGUCUGGUGACACAGUUGUGGAAGAGGUGCUCCUACACAACUAUCGACGGGGUCACUGGUGUUUUGACAGGCGAAAAGGUUUCAGGUAACGGCAGCAACAUGAACAUGUCCAUGUUUGAACCAGGUGAUAUUUCAUUGACUGUCUAUGAGAAUGAACCUACCAGGGCGGUUCUCAGAAGCAUUUCAGAAUGGUCAACUGACGUUGGAGACUAUGCGAAGACACACUUCGUUUAUAAUGACUAUGGAAAAGAGGUUCGCAGAACAAAUGUAGUAGGGCUUGUGCGCUCAACAACAUGUGAUGACGUCUUCAAAACGUUUCCAGUCAAGGUCACCGAACAGGGUCUCGGCGUCUCAACAAUGGAGUUAGUCGCCUUUAAUGAAACUAGCGGGCUGGAAGUUGCUAGACUGGAGGUGAAUGGGCUGCUCACAUGCUAUCUCAUGGAUGGUUUUGGUAAAACAGUGGAAACGCGGGCGAGGGCUGCCGAGCCAGGCCCAUGCACAGUCAGAGCAGCAGAAUUCCUUAGCCAGCGGCCCUAUGUUGCAGAUACUAGCCUUUCAAAGGCGCUUCAAAAGACUUAUUUGGACCCUCAACGUAAAAUCUCCUUUGAAAGGCAGAAGAGCUUGUCUGGAGUAGCUUUCAUCUGA